AUGAACUUCUUCCUGGAAACACUGAAGGUUAUUGGACUCUCUUUUUACUACUUUCUGGAGUCGCUUGUCUUCUUGAUCGUGCCCAAGAGAAAGAAGAAUGUCAGUGGUGAAAUAGUACUAGUAACAGGAGCGGGCAGUGGCAUUGGAAGAUUGUUGUCUUUGAAGUUUGCCAGCCUUGGAGCCACAGUGGUUCUCUGGGACAUUAACCAGGAGGGGCUCAAGGAGACAAGCAGACUGGUGAAACAAAAUGGGGCGGUGAGAGUGCACUGUUACAUCUGUGACUGUAGCAAAAGGGAGGACAUCUACAGAGUGGCUGAUCAGGUUAAAAAAGAAGUUGGUGAUGUUACCAUCCUAGUGAACAACGCUGGUGUAGUAACUGGGAAGACAUUUCUUGAUGCUCCAGAUCCACUUGUGGAAAAAACCAUGGAAGUGAACAUAAUGGCACACUUCUGGACUUACAAAGCCUUCCUCCCAGCAAUGAUUGCCUCUAACCAUGGACACUUGGUUAGUAUUGCAAGUUCGGCGGGACUUGUUGGAGUGAAUCGUCUUUCUGAUGUCUUCUCUUCCAGGUGGCCAAAUUUGCUUCCCCUUCUGGACCCAGAGUAUGUGGCUGAGAAGAUAGUCACAGCUAUUCGACAGGACCAAGUAAUAUUGGUGCUGCCACGCUUUGGUUAUUUAGUCAUGUUUCUGAAAAGUAUCUUACCAGUGAAAACAGCUAUUCUCCUUGCGGACUAUUUAGGAAUCCUAAAUCUCAUGGAUAACUUCAAAGGUCGAGCAAAGAAGGACUGA